AUGUCUGUGAUCAAGUCGCGCUUCCCGCCGCUCCCGCCGACGCCCGACGUCAACAUCUUCUCGCUGAUGUUCGGCCGCCCAGACCAGGCGGCAUGGCCCGACUACGUCUUCCAGGUCGACGACAAGAGCGGGAAGAAGCGGAUGUUCAGCGAGGCGCCCCACGCACUCGCCCUCGCAGCGACGGCGCUGGGUCCCGCCGGCUUGGGACUGCAGCCUGGCGCGGGGGAGGUUAUUGGUUUGGUCGGGAAUAACAGCUUCGAAUACUACGACAUGACCCUUGGCUUGCUUUCCCUGACCGUCCCAUUUGCGCUCAUCUCAUCCUACUCCACCCAGCGCGAGCUCGUCCAUGCCCUCAAGCUGACCAAGGCCACGCGCCUCUUUGUCGACGCAAAACUUCUCAAGAACGUCCUCGCCGCGCUCGAUGACCCACAAGUCAAGCUCACUCCCGACAAAGUCUACAUCUUGGCGGGUGCCGCGCCGCAUGGCAUGCAGAGCUUCGCGGGGAUGGUCGAUAAGGUAAAGAAGAGCGGGGCGAAGAUGGAGAGUGUGCGGCCGGCCACGAAGGACACACUGGCGUACCUCAUUAUGUCAAGUGGCACGAGCGGGCUGCCCAAGGCGGUGAUGAUCUCGCACGGUAACCUAUACGCGUCCGCGUUUCAGGCGAUCGUGGUCAGCCAGACGACGACGCCGUUUAACCCGCCAACGCCUGGUGGCGCGACGCACGUGAUAGGUAUCGGGACGCUGCCGAUGUUCCACUCAUAUGGCCUGCACGUCUACGUCCUCCGCUCGACGCUGAUGCCCGCAACCGUCAUUUUCCUCGAGAAGUGGGACCCGGUGAAGUAUCUCAACUGUGUCGUCAAAUACAAAGCGACACAUCUGACACUCGUGCCAUCGCUGAUCCACCAACUUGUCAACCACCCAGACUUCCUCAAGACGGACAUGUCCUCGGUCGUGUUCGUCAACAGUGGCGCGGCCUACCUCCCGCCUGCGCUCAGCGACAAGCUGCUUGCACACAUGCAGAAAGGCGCCGACCUGCAUCAGGGCUACGGCCUUUCUGAGGGCACGCUCGCCGCGACAUGCCGCGUGCCGCCGGGGUUAUUCGGUAACAAAGGCACACCCGUCGGCAGCCAGGGCAUGCUUUUACCGGGCAUCGACGCCCGGCUCGUGCUUGAGGAUGGCAAGAGCGACGCCGCAGUCAACGAGGUCGGCGAGCUCUGGCUGCGUGGCCCGAGCAUUUGUCUCGGGUACUGGAACAACCCCAGCGCCAAUGCCUCCACCUUCGUCGACGGCUGGCUCAGGACGGGCGACCAAUUCAGGAUGGACGAGGAGGGGUUCUUCUUCUUUGCGGACCGCGGGAAGGACACACUCAAGGUGUCGGGCAUCCAGGUGUCGCCGAAGGAGAUCGAGGAUGUGCUGCUUGCGCAUCCGGACAAGCUCGUAACCGACGUGUCCGUCGCGGGCGUCUCGGGCGGGCGCACGGCCGACGAGAAGGUGCCGCAUGCGUGGGUGGUUCUGAGCGCCACGGGCCGCGCAAUGGGCGAGCGCGAGGCUAUCAGGGCGCUCGUCACGUGGCACGAGGGCCAGCUGAGCCGGUAUAAGUGGCUCCGCGGGGGCAUCGAGGUGGUGCAGCGGAUUCCGAAGACGCCCACGGGGAAGACGCUGAGGAGGGAGCUGCAGGCGGCUUAUGAGGAGAGGAUAAAGGGACAGGUGCAGGCGAGGCUGUAA